UAGAGUACUUUUUGUUGCUUCCACUGCUGAAGCUCACUGCUCAAACAUCUUGAUUUUAGUCAAAGUGCCUCCAAGCCUAUAGCAGCAGAAUCUUCAUGAACUGUUUCUUUCCUGUCAGAGACGCACUGAGACCAAACCAUCUACAGCUCGUCCACUGCGGGACCAAGAACACGACGGUCGUAUCAUGAUUGAGAGUGACAGAGAGCUGUCGUCCAUGGUGCAGGAACUAUGGGACAAUGAUGUCAACAGACUCAAACCUGGAAAAGACUACAGGAUCUCUCUGCAGGGCAAAGCUGGAGACAGCAUGGCCAACGACAACAACGAUGGAGCAGGAUAUCCUCUGUUUACAUUUGUUGAUGAGAACAUUUUCAAAAAGGAGACUUUUUUAGCCUUUAUCUCUCUCUUGGAUAACUAUGUGAGUGACACCGGCGAGCCAGAGAUUGUAACCCCCGAGGAGGUGGCAGAGAACCACAAGUUCCUGGACUCCAUCGUUAAGACUCCCACUAUGAAGAUAGCUCAUAAAUACCUGGUAGAGAAGCACCUCUCUCCUCGGGAUGAGACGCAAUUCAAGGAGCAGCUGUACAGGAUCUGGUUUGAACUUUAUGCAAGGAGAGGAUCCAGCAGGCCAGACUCUUCGGGUUUUGAACACGUGUUUGUUGGAGAGACGAGAGGAGGGCGGACUGUCAUCGGCUUUCACAACUGGAUCCAGCUCUACUUACAAGAGAAGCUGGGACACAUCGAUUACAAAGGCUACAGCGUCACUGCAAAUUCACCCCAGCCCGAUGAGAACAAACACAUCCUGGCGCUACAGUUCAGCUGGAAGAAUGGUAUAAAGCCCAAGGGCAGCAUCUUCAUUGGCGUCAGUCCCGAGUUCGAGUUCGCCCUCUACACUCUCUGUUUCCUCUCCUCACCCAAUGAGCGUGUCAAAGUCCAGUUCAGUUUCUACGAGGUGGAGAUUGUUUGCCACCACUACAACCAAAAGCACAUAGGCACCACUUACCCUGUGCUCCUUAAUUACCAGAAACAUAAGUAACUGGACUUGAAAGCAGUUUGAGAUAUAACUUCUCAAAUACUUGA